AUGGGGGUGCUGAGUGCUUCACCGAAAUGUGACGGCCAAGAAUCUUUAAAUCAGACGGGUUCACGGACGUUGCAAUGUGACCACUACAUACCGCCAGAUCGGUACAAUCAGAUUGUAGAGGGACAUUUACGGGAGACAGGCUUUUAUCACGUUUCUCAUAUUGGAAUUGUCCAAUGUCAGUCGGCAUUGGUUAAUGCUCUGAUCGAAAGAUGGCGCCCUGAAACUCACACAUUCCAUUUACCGGUUGGUGAGUGUGCGGUGACGUUGGAGGACGUGGCGAUUAUUCUUGGUCUUCCGUCGAAUGGUUUGCCAGUUACAGGACCGACACUCAGCAGUUAUGAGGCAUUAAAGGCUGAAUGCCUGGAUCAGUUUAGUGUUGCACCUAGGAAGAGUGAGUGUAGAGGAAGUUUCAUCAAGUUGACCUGGUUUCGAGCACUGAAGGAUCGUAUAGUGUUGGCUGACAAUAUUCAGAUUCAGAGGUACGUGAAGUGCCACAAAAUGUUAUUAUUUGGUACCGUUAUAUUUGGAGAUAAGUCUGGGGCAGGGGUGCACUGGAAGUUUCUGCCAUUACUCCGCAACUUUUCUGGGAUUAUACAGUUUAGUUGGGGAUCGGCAUGCCUGGCACACCUUUAUAGAGCGUUGUGUAGGGCAACUCGAGUCGACUGUAAAGAGAUUGAUGGUCCACUAACACUUUUGCUUACUUGGGCUUGGAUCUGGCUACCAUUUCUUGCGCCGAUUUCUGACAAUCUUCGACUCUUUCCGAUUGCAAACUGGUGGCAUAAUUGGGAGCGUGCCGAACGUCCCUACAGAUAUCGUACUCUUGAACAGUUUAGGAGAGCGUUAAAUGAUCUGCAAGAAGGACAUGUUAGUUGUAAGAAAUAA